AUGUAUAUAAAGAUGGCCACGUUAGCAAACGGACAGGCUGACAACGCGAGCCUCAGUACCAACGGGCUCGGCGGCAGCCCGGGCAGCGCUGGGCACAUGAACGGAUUAAGCCACAGCCCGGGGAACCCGUCGACCAUUCCCAUGAAGGACCACGAUGCCAUCAAGCUGUUCAUUGGGCAGAUCCCCCGAAACCUGGAUGAGAAGGACCUCAAGCCCCUCUUUGAGGAGUUCGGCAAGAUCUAUGAGCUCACGGUUCUAAAGGACAGGUUCACAGGCAUGCACAAAGGCUGCGCUUUCCUCACCUACUGCGAGCGUGAGUCAGCGCUGAAGGCCCAGAGCGCGCUGCACGAGCAGAAGACUCUGCCCGGGAUGAACCGGCCGAUCCAGGUGAAGCCCGCGGACAGCGAGAGCCGAGGAGGUAGUAGCUGCCUGCGCCAGCCCCCUUCACAUAGAAAACUCUUCGUGGGUAUGCUCAACAAGCAGCAGUCUGAGGACGAUGUGCGCCGUCUCUUUGAGGCCUUUGGGAACAUUGAGGAGUGCACCAUCCUGCGGGGUCCCGAUGGCAACAGCAAGGGAUGCGCCUUUGUGAAGUACUCCUCCCAUGCUGAGGCACAAGCUGCCAUCAACGCUCUACACGGCAGCCAGACCAUGCCUGGAGCCUCAUCCAGUCUGGUGGUCAAGUUUGCUGAUACUGACAAGGAACGCACGAUGCGACGAAUGCAACAGAUGGCUGGCCAGAUGGGCAUGUUCAAUCCCAUGGCCAUCCCCUUCGGGGCCUACGGAGCCUACGCUCAGGCACUGAUGCAGCAGCAAGCAGCCCUCAUGGCAUCAGUCGCACAGGGCGGCUACCUGAAUCCCAUGGCUGCAUUCGCCGCCGCCCAGAUGCAGCAGAUGGCAGCCCUCAACAUGAAUGGCCUGGCGGCCGCCCCUAUGACCCCAACCUCAGGUGGCAGCACCCCUCCGGGCAUCACUGCACCAGCUGUGCCUAGCAUCCCAUCCCCCAUUGGGGUGAAUGGCUUCACUGGCCUUCCCCCACAGGCCAAUGGGCAACCUGCCGCGGAAGCUGUGUUUGCCAAUGGCAUCCACCCCUACCCAGCACAGAGCCCCACCGCCGCGGACCCGCUGCAGCAGGCCUACGCUGGAGUGCAGCAGUAUGCAGGUCCCGCCUAUCCUGCUGCCUAUGGUCAGAUAAGCCAGGCAUUUCCUCAGCCACCACCAAUGAUUCCCCAGCAACAGAGAGAAGGGCCCGAGGGCUGUAACCUGUUCAUCUACCAUCUGCCCCAGGAGUUUGGGGACGCAGAGCUGAUGCAGAUGUUCCUCCCUUUCGGUAAUGUCAUCUCCUCGAAAGUGUUUGUGGAUCGGGCGACUAACCAAAGUAAAUGCUUUGGCCGGCACCCCGUGCCCUCUCGCUGCCAGGCCCCCUCCUGUCAGGGAGGACAGUGUCCAAUAAACUCCUCCACCCGCAGGCUUCGUGAGCUUCGACAACCCUGCCAGCGCGCAGACCGCCAUCCAGGCCAUGAACGGCUUCCAGAUCGGCAUGAAGAGGCUCAAGGUGCAGCUGAAGCGGCCCAAAGACGCCAAUCGCCCUUACUGAGCGCCGGCGGGAGCGUCCCCCGGGGGAGACCAGGACUCGCACAGGGCAGGAUGCUGAACGGGCUACAUUAAAAAAACAAACCUCUCUCUCUCUCUAUUUAUAAAUGAGAACUGUUGGAUGACACCUUUGACAUAUCAGCCAAUAUCAAUCAAGCUGAAGACUCCAGACUCUCUGUGAGACUGUAAAAUUU